UAGAAAGGGAGAAUGACAUAAUACAUUCAGAGCAAAGUAUUAUAGCCUAUGGCAACAAUAAAAUCAGAGUUGUAGGAAGUAUAAUUUUAAAAUGUUUAAUUAAAAAUAAUAUUCAAAAUGUAAAGUUCUUGGUUGUAGAUAUACGAGGCAAACCUAUUCUUGGAUUAAAAACCUGUGUAAAAUUAAAUAUAAUAUGCAAGCUGGAUGAAGUUAACUUAAAGAAUAAAAGAGAUCCUUAAGAAAAUUUCAUCAAUCAGAAUAAAAAGUUGUUUGAAGGUACUGGUAAGGUUCCGUUUAAAUAUAGGAUUUUAUUAAAAGAGGGUUACAAACCAGUUGUAAGUAAUUGCAGAAGAGUCGCUGAAAAAAUUAAAGGAAAGCUAAAAAACACUUUGGAUGAGUUAGUAGACAAAGAUAUAAUUGAGAAGGUCGAUGAACCUUCAGAAUGGAGUUACACCACUAUGUGGUCUUGAGGCCUCACCUUCAGAGUUAUUACAAAGCAGGUUACUAAGAACAGGUUUGCCUAUAUCCAACAAAUUAUUGGAACCCAAAACCACUAACGAGUAUGGGAAAAAAGUAGAAAGAAAGUUGGCAGUAAAAAGCUAUCAUGAUAAAUCUGCACGUAGCAGCUCAGAUUUUAACGAAAAUCAAGAUAUACUAUUUAAAUUGAAGAAGGAUGGGUAUUGGACACCGGGAAAAGUCUUAUCAAAUACUAAUACUCCACGAUCAUACUUGGUGAGUGAUGAAAAUGGCAGGGUUUAUAAAAGAAAUUCUUCCUUUUUAAAAAAUACAAAAAAUCCAACGGUUAUAAAUGCGUCAAACAACAACGAAAAUAUAAACAUAAACUGUAAACCUAGUAGUGCUGAUGAAUCAAGUGAGAACACUUGUUUGUCUAAUAGAACUGAUGUAUAUAAUGAAAACGGUUGUGGAACUAAUAAUAAUAAAACGGCAAAUGAAUGUACAAGUGUCAAGGAAGCAAAUAGCAAAUGCACAAGAUCAGGUCGGGUCGUCAAUGUACCAAAUAGGUUAAGAGACUAUUAUACAUAG